UAUUAGUUGUUAUACAGUUUUAGAGAAGUUCUUCUGGAUAACGUAUUUUUAGCAGAACUUCCCCUAAUUUAACUUCCUGUUUUCCCCUCUUCUCCUCUGACCGCAGACAUGAAGCUACACCUUCAGAGCACAGACUACCGUGACCUGCUGUCCUCUGCUGAGGACCUGACUGUGUCUCUGGUGGACAACAUGCUGAGAACAAACCUGGUGACUGAGUUCAACUAUCUGCGCUCCAAUGCUCUGCCUCCACUCUCCACCUUUCUGGAUUAUAUCACAUACAGUUACAUGAUUGACAACGUGGUGAUGUUGAUCACCGGAGCCCUGAAACAGAGAGAUGCGUCCGAGCUCCUCCCACGAUGUCACCCGCUGGGCGCUUUUGACCAAAUGGCUGCUGUGUGCAUCGCCCGCACGCCCACUGAACUCUACUCGACCAUUUUGGUGGACACACCACUGGGUAAUUCAGAUCAUCUAGUCUCCUCUAAUGAUCAGUUUUGGAGA